AGGGUCUAGACGCUGUGAAGCAGGAGGCACUUGGGAUCGUCCGCAGGAUUGGGACUGCUACAGAGGCCGCCACGGAGCCCGCCGGAGCCACCGUUCCUGCUGCUGCUGCCGCCGCUGCCCGAAUCGGAACUGUCGGGCCGCAGCCGCCGGCAAUGCCGCGAAGGAAGAGGAAUGCAGGCAGUAGUUCAGAUGGAACCGAAGAUUCCGAUUUUUCUACAGAUCUCGAGCACACAGACAGUUCAGAGAGUGACGGCACGUCCCGGCGAUCUGCCCGAGUCACCCGCUCCUCAGCCCGGCUGAGCCAGAGUUCCCAAGAUUCCAGCCCGGUUCGAAAUUUGCAAUCUUUUGGCACUGAGGAGCCUGCUUAUUCUACCAGAAGAGUGACCCGUAGUCAGCAGCAGCCUACCCCAGUGACUCCAAAAAAGUACCCCCUUCGGCAGACUCGUUCGUCUGGCUCAGAAACUGAGCAGGUGGUUGACUUUUCAGAUAGAGAAACUAAAAAUACAGCCGAUCAUGAUGAGUCUCCACCUCGAACUCCAACUGGAAAUGCACCUUCUUCUGAGUCUGACAUUGACAUCUCCAGCCCUAAUGUGUCUCACGAUGAGAGCAUGGCCAAGGACAUGUCCCUGAAGGACUCAGGCAGCGAUCUCUCUCAUCGCCCCAAGCGUCGUCGCUUCCACGAAAGCUACAAUUUCAAUAUGAAAUGUCCUACUCCAGGCUGUAACUCUCUAGGACAUCUUACAGGAAAACAUGAGAGACAUUUCUCCAUCUCAGGAUGCCCGCUCUAUCAUAACCUGUCCGCUGAUGAGUGCAAGGUGAGAGCACAGAGCCGGGAUAAGCAGAUAGAAGAAAGGAUGCUGUCCCACAGGCAAGAUGACAACAACAGGCAUGCAACCAGGCACCAGGCACCAACAGAGAGGCAGCUGCGGUAUAAGGAAAAGGUGGCCGAACUCAGGAAGAAAAGGAAUUCUGGGCUGAGCAAAGAGCAGAAAGAGAAAUACAUGGAACACAGACAGACCUAUGGGAAUACUCGGGAACCUCUCUUGGAAAACCUGACUAGCGAAUAUGACUUGGAUCUUUUCCGAAGAGCGCAAGCCCGAGCUUCAGAGGAUUUGGAGAAGUUACGGCUGCAAGGCCAAAUCACAGAGGGGAGCAACAUGAUUAAAACAAUUGCUUUUGGUCGUUAUGAGCUCGAUACUUGGUACCAUUCUCCCUAUCCUGAAGAGUAUGCACGAUUGGGACGUCUCUACAUGUGCGAAUUCUGUUUAAAAUACAUGAAGAGCCAAACGAUACUCCGCCGGCACAUGGCUAAAUGUGUGUGGAAACACCCACCCGGCGAUGAGAUCUAUCGCAAAGGCUCCGUCUCUGUGUUUGAAGUAGAUGGCAAGAAGAACAAGAUCUACUGCCAAAACCUGUGCCUGUUGGCCAAGCUUUUUCUGGACCACAAGACAUUAUAUUACGAUGUGGAACCCUUCCUGUUUUAUGUUAUGACUGAAGCGGACAACACCGGCUGUCACCUGAUUGGAUAUUUUUCCAAGGAAAAGAAUUCAUUCCUCAACUACAAUGUGUCCUGUAUCCUUACCAUGCCUCAGUACAUGAGACAGGGCUAUGGCAAGAUGCUCAUUGAUUUCAGUUAUUUGCUUUCCAAAGUGGAAGAAAAAGUUGGCUCCCCAGAACGUCCCCUCUCCGACCUGGGACUCAUAAGCUAUCGCAGUUACUGGAAAGAAGUGCUUCUCCGUUACCUGCAUAAUUUCCAAGGCAAAGAGAUUUCUAUCAAAGAAAUUAGCCAGGAGACAGCUGUGAAUCCUGUGGACAUUGUCAGCACUCUGCAAGCCCUUCAGAUGCUCAAGUACUGGAAAGGAAAACAUCUAGUUUUAAAGAGACAGGACCUGAUUGAUGAGUGGAUAGCCAAGGAGGCCAAAAGAUCCAACUCCAAUAAAACCAUGGAUCCGAGCUGUUUAAAAUGGACCCCUCCCAAGGGCACUUAAAGUGACCUGUUACUCUGAGCCAGCGAACCCCAGCAGUAGGAAUCCGUACCCUAGGGAUCUGUCUGUCAUUUCUGUUGCUCUUGUGAUUGGCAAGUACAGUAUCCUCUGGGAAGGCCACGCCCCUCAGGACUGUCCUGGCUCCGAGCCUCACGUACUCUGCAGACGCUGGUUCUGAGGAACUGUUGUUUCGGCCUCAGUGAGGUUGCCUGGAUGGGAUCUCUAGUAGACUUGAGCACAGAUCCCUCGUAGCACUGACCCAAGGUGUUCUGUUUGGUACUGUACCUGUCCAGUCACUGGUUCCCCUCGUGCCCUCUAGCUCCUUCAGGUUGUGUUGUGUCUCCCGAACUUUGUAAUAGUGCUUCUUGCUGCCCCGGUCAUCAGACUUCCAAAUAACGGUUGUCGCCACCAGGACCUUUCCAGUUACUCCUUAACGUGUAUUUUUUUUUUUUUUUUUUUUUUUUGGAAGAGCAGGGAAGAGGGAACGCUUGUGAGUGUGUGCCCACUCGGAGGGGUCCAUUCCCUUUGGAUUUUUAUCUCCCUUGCAGUUUUUUCCCCCCACCGUUUCUAUUGAAAGGUCUGGUUUUGGUCAGCGUCCAGCUGACCAGAGACCAGUAGUUUUUAACUUGGAAACAGUAUGUAAUUUAUCCGAAUGAAAUGGAGAAGGCGGGUCGAGAGGUGGUGAUUCUGUCCCUGGCGUUCACCUGCAGUGAACUUGCAGUGUCUCGGGGGAAGCCAAUGAGUGCUUCUUGCCUCCCCGGGAAGUGCCCAGUCCUGAAUGUAUUCUCCUCCCCUGACUCCCCGCCCCGUUUUAUGUACGUCUGCAGGUGCCAAAAUGUCCAGUUCGCACGCUCCCUGGGUCGUCAGGCUGCACAGACCUUUCCCCAGGGCCCGCCAGUCCGAUCUGGCACACACCCGUACUUCUGUCCGAGUCGCGGUGAUUUUUUUUUUUUUUUUUGGCCUGGACAUCCCUGGAGAAGUAGGAAGUGACCGCGAGGGACUUCCGGAUCUCCUCUCAGCCCAUGACUCAGCAGGGCAGAGUGGCCACCCCCCUGCCAACGUUGGCUCCUCUUCGACAGUGCCUCACCCUCCCCUCUUGAACUGAAGCACUCCUGCCCUUCCAAGAACUCCUCCUCCAUUUCCUUUUUUGGGAUCUGCCACCAUCCCUACCCAACCCCCCCCCUCCCCCCCCAUUCUCUGGUCUCCUAUUUUUGGUUUCAAGCAAAGGAAGAGAUGCUCCCUCUAAUUUCUGUCCGGCCCAUUAUAACCUGCUAUCUUGGGGCAGCUUUUGAUGUAGGACCCGCCACCCUUCCCAACUUGGUCGCCUCCAACACCGCUGUCUUCGUGUGGAGCCCUCCCCACAAUCCCGACUCUGGUCAUUUGUGCCUUUCUCCUGUCAUCUCUGUACACUACUUAUACUCACUGUGGGUUGGGGGGAGCUAAUUUUAAGCAUGUUCAGUGGCAGCUCCCUGCCAGUUUCAGUGUCACUGUUAAAAGUUUAUCCAAAAGCAACUUCACUGGGGGUUUUCUUAAGGGGUAAAAGGCCUUUUAUCGAAGCUAACCCUUCCCCACAUGUGGUAGAAUGUGCUGUUCUAUAUCUACUCCUCAAUAAAGCAUGUUCUCUGCUCAA